UUACACGCUUCCACCGCAAUAGCGUAGACUUCACUUCUGGCUAUCAUUCCUUAUUAUUUGGGUACCCUGAAUCUAAUAGAUAUAGCAAAAUGUAAAUUCCAUUUUAUUCAUUCACUAUUUUUCUCAUACUUCCAAAUAGCUCUUUAAAGAUUCGAAGUGAUUUUAAUGGAUUUGUGGCUAAAGGCACGGAGCUUCGCGGAGGAAGCUGCUAAGCGAUCACAGGAGUUUACCGUAGAAGCUGCUAAGCGUACACAGGAGCUCAGUUUUGCCUCCGCUAAGUUAUCCGAUGUCGUUUCAGAGGCUUCCAAGCGUUCAAAGGAGAUUGCGGCCGAAGCUUCUAAGCGUUCUAAGGAGAUCGUUGCCGAAGCUUCUAAACGCGCCGAUCAGAUCAAGUUUCAAAUUCCCGCUGCCGCUGCACUCUCUAGCCUUGUCGAUUCCUCAACUUCCCCUCAAACUGCUUCGGCUAUUACUACGCCGGCUGAUCUUGAAAAAUUUGGAGUCACUGACGACUUGAGAGAGUUCGUUAAGGGCAUUAGUAGGGAUACAUUCCAGAAUGUUCAACUUCAAGAUGAGUCAGAGAUGUCUGAUAUUCCUACAGUCUCAAACAUUCGGCAGGAUCUUACAGAGUUUCAGGAAAAACAUGCGAAACUUGUUCUUUCAUCUGUCAAGGAAAUCUCAAAGUUGAGGUAUGAGAUAUGCCCACGCAUAAUGAGAGAGAGAAAGUUUUGGAGAAUCUACUUCAUUCUAGUUAACAGUCAUUUAGCACCGUAUGAAAAGAAAUACAUGGACGAAAAGAAAAUAAUAUCUGCUGAAAAGGCAAAUAUCGAGGAGGCAAAGGAUAUUUCAUCAGAAGGAAAAACUUCUGAACCAGUGAUCGGGGCAACAACCCAGGCAAACAAGAAGGCAGCCUCAUCAACUGCUGACCAGGAUUUGGAUGUUUUUCUUCUCGGAGAGGAAAGUGAUGAAGGGCCAGAUGAUGGGGCGAAUGCUUUUGACGAUGAUUUUGACAAGCUAUAGAUAGCCUACAGGAAAAAGGUGAAACAUCGGUUACUUGCUGCUUCGAGAAGUUGAGAUUGAAAUCGGCAGGAAGUUCACACAUCCAUGCAUGAUAUAAUCCAGCUCAUAUGAAAUAGGCAUAUACUCGCUUACUUGCAACCUUCCUCUGCAUGCAUCUUGUCCAUUCCUUGAAUCUUUUUCUUUCUUUUUCAACUUUUAUUCCUUUGCUGGAGCUGCAGAAGAUAAGGUAGGUGACUGAGGAAGUCCGUUGGUACGUAAUGCUUUCGUUUUGGAGGUGUAAAGUUAGAAUUCUUUUAGUGACCUUAUUAUUCACUUUUUAUUGAGUUGUUGGUUACUUUUUAGUUCUACAUCACCUGCUCUAAAUAUAGUUUUAAAGUUCCGGCUGCAUGUUGAGUUUCAAUGCUGCCUACUUUCUCAAGUUGCUGGUAUGUACUCUGAAUGUAGUUUUGUUGUCCAGCAGCUGCUUCUUCGACGGUCUUGCUGCCUGUAAAGGGCCAAAUUAUUCAAAGUUAGUUUUGGAUGUGAAAUGUAAACAAAAAUAGAGAGGAUGAGUAAACAUUGGAAGAGUGAAAUUUAUUGACAUCAUAUUAUUA